AUGUCGCGCGCGUCGUCGGCCGCCGUGCUCAUCGUGAUAGUCGUUAUCGCGGCGUUGCUUCCUCCCGAGGUCCACGCGUGCAGCACCUUCCUCGUUGGAAAGGGCGCUUCCGUCGACGGGUCCCUGUUUGUGACCCACUCGGACGACGGCGAGGGCGACCCGGACGCCAGGCUGUCGUUCAUUCCCGCGGCGGACCAUGCCCCCGGCGCGUUCAGGGACGUGUGGCCGGACCUUGAGGAUAAUCCACGCUUCGUCGGGACUGCGAGGGGCGAAACGUACCUGCCCGGUCGGGGCGUUCCGUCCGAUGCGAAGGGGACCGAACCCAUCGGCAAGAUCCCGCAGGUGAACCACACGUACGCGUACACCGAGGGAAACUACGGCAUCAUGAACGAGAAACAGCUCAGCAUCGGCGAGAGCACGUGCAGCGGUAGGUUCGUCGCGAACGCCAAGGGUUCGGGGGGCGAGGCUUUAUUCUGCGUCAACGAACUGUCCCGCAUCGCGAUGGAGCGCUGCGCCACCGCCCGCUGCGCCAUCCGCACCAUGGGCGACCUCGCCACCGAACACGGCUUCUACGGCGCGUCCGGAUCGUUCGAGGGAGGAUCGGAGACGCUGCUCAUCGCGGAUACCUCCGAGGGGUGGGUCAUGCACUUCGUGCCCUAUCCCGAGACCAACAGCGCGGUGUGGGUCGCCAAGCGGGUGCCCGACGACGAGGUCACAGUGGUGAUGAACAUGUUCACCAUCCGGUCAGUCAACCUGAAAGAUCCAGAAAAUUACAUGUACUCGGCAAACAUCAUCGACGUCGCGGUCAAGCACGGGUUGUGGGAUCCAUCCGGUAAGGACGGCGUGUUCGACUUCACCAAGGCGUACAGCGACGGUGAAUACGCGCACAAGUACUACUCCGGCCGUCGAGCCUGGGGCGCGUUUCGGCUCAUCAACCCUGGCGUCGAGCUGGACCCAAACUACGGUAAUCUGAGGAUUGAUGACCCGUACCCUUGGUCCAUGAAGCCCGCCAAGCCCGUGUCCGCGUCGGAUCUUUUCGCUUGGCACCGAGACUGGUACCAGGAUACGCCUUUCGACAUGUCCAAGGGUGUCGCGGCGGGUCCGUGGGGCUCGCCCGAUCGAUUCAACGGCGGCGACGCGGAGGUUUCCAUCCCGGGCUCGUUUGAGAGAUCCAUCGCGUUACAUCGAACCACGUACACGCACGUCCUUCAGACACGCGGGUGGCUUCCAGACGCCAUCGGUGGGAUCACUUGGUACGGGCCUCACGCCGCGCACGGCACGUGCUUUGUCCCAGUCCCGGCGGGGAUCAAAAAACUGCCGGCGGCGUUGACGAUCGGAAACGCCACGCUCGUCGACAGAGACUCGCAGUGGUGGGCGCACCGGUACGUGCACAACCUGGCGCAGAUGAAGUACGCGUACGCCGUGGAAGACAUUCGCGCGGCCCAGGCGAUGUGGGAGAACGAGGGUGCCGAGCUCGUCGCCGCCGUGGACGCCAAGUUCGGAGGCUCUUCCUCGGAGGAGUUGGACGUCGCGCUUGGGAUGUUCGAGGCUCACGUGGACAAAGUGAGAGCCGCGUGGUGGCGCCUGGGUGACGUCAUCAUGGCAAACUACGCGGAUGGUUUCGUGUCCAAGGCGAAGACCGGCGCGCCCGUGGGAUACCCGGCGUGGUGGCUCGAAGCCGCUGGAUGGAGACAAGGCCCUGAGCCCAUCCCGCCGCCAAAGACGGGCAGGAGUAAGAUAUUAUUCCGCGAAGGAGGUUCCUUGGAGCGGGGCGCGAGGGUAAGGAGAGCCGGGUCCGCGCCUCUCGCGUCGGCGUUUCGAGUGUGA